AUGCUCGUGAGUUGUGCGUGGCUCACUCAGCACACAUUGCACCAGGCCAGCCAGUCAGCCAGCCAGCCAAGCCACCUCCCCACUCAGCCGCGCGCCCAUCCAUCUAUCUAUUCCCUAUACCCGCAUCCCCAUCUCCUCACCUCCUCACCGCGUCGCAUCUUCUUCAGCCUCCCUUCUCUCCUGCCCUUCAUGGUCAUCACUCCCGCCGACAGGGCUGAUCACUCCCCCACAUCAGUCCAUUCAUUCCUUCCCACAAAUCCUUCGCUUCACUCCCAAAACAAAAAUGCACUAUACGUGUGGGCCUCGGGCUUCCCGACUAUCGCGGCUCUUUUCUUUUAUUCUCCAUCCUCUGUGCUGUCUUGUCUGCGACUCUGUUGAAUGCCCGGGGCGAGUACGAUAAGUCCAUGUGCGCCUGUGCGGUGGCAUGACCGGUGAUGAUGUGGCCAUUUAGACUGCUGCUUUGCUUUGUCCCUCACUUCACUGGUCCGUCGGUGGAUAUCGCCGGCCCGGAUAGAUCCGUUCCUUCAACAACUCGUCGGCACCUCUUCUCCCCCACACUUUUUCCGCUUCUUCUCCAGUCUUUGGGCUCCGAUGGUCGUGUCUUUUCCCCACGCCGACCAAGCGUCGGUAUUCUGGUUUGGCGACCGUUGGUUGACUUGAUGUAACCUGUUCGCGGGCGCCGUGCUGUGAUUUGAUGUGGCUUGUUUGCGGCUUUGUGUCGUUUGACUGUGAUUGGCUCUUCCUCUCUGCGUGGUGCUUUGCUGCUUGUGCGUUUAGAGUAUACUUCACCAACAUUUGAUGAUUGCGAGUGAAGACAGUGUCAUGUUUGGGGAACCCAAGUUUGCACGG